UCUGAAAUGAAUUAUGUAAACAUUUUCAUACAGACAUGAGGAGAAGAUGUUUCCUGGAGUUUUUUUUUUCCUGAAUCAAGAAAAAAAACAGCACCAUCUGCUGGUGACAAAAUGACAUGACAGCAAUUCCCACAGUGAUAAUUCAACCAAUGACGGACGUACAAGAAACUGAAAGUAGAUUCUGACAUUGUUGAAAACAGCUGAGACGCCAUUACAUGCUGCGAAAUUUUCUACCGGAAAACACACGUUUGAGCUGAUUUAAUCAAUCAAGUGAAGGGACAGUAACAUGGUGAGUCUGCUGAAAUAUAAUUAAGAUACCAAAACAAAUGGCUGAGAAGGUUGCUCUUGUUGAGAGUUACCUGAGUUGCCAUGUUUGUUCAGAGACUUUCAGAGAUCCUGUGUCUCUGAGCUGCAACCACAGCUUUUGUUCAAGCUGUCUGCAAAAAUUCUGGGAACAAGCUAAAAACAAAAACUGUCCCAUUUGUAAAAGAAAGUCUUCAAAAGAUGAUCCAGGAGUGAACUUCACACUGAAGGAACUGGCUGAUUCCUUUGCUGAGAGACAGAAAGCUGAAUCAUCUGAGACUGAAAGAGGAGAGAAGAAGGUGGAGGUGGUGUGUUGUAAACAUCAUGAAGACACAAAACUGUUCUGUAAGGAUGAAGACAGAGCUGUGUGUGCUGUCUGUGAGUUUUCUCUCCACCACGGUCACAAGGUGGUUCCUAUAGAACAAGCAGUCAGUGACAUGAAGGAGCAGCUGAAAUCUGACUUGAAGUCUCUACAGGACAAGAGGAGCAAAUACAAACAAGUGGAGAAAACAUACAAUGAAAUGAUUCAACACUCCAAGAAGCAGCUGCUGUCCACAGAGAGACAGAUCAGAGCAGAGUUCACCAAGCUCCAGCAGUUCCUGAAAGAGGAAGAGGAGUCCAGACUGGCAGCUCUGAGGGAGGAAGAGGAGCAGAAGAGGAAGAGCAUCAACAGACAGAUGAAGAUGAUUGAGGAGCAGAUCUCCUCUUUGUCAGACAGUAUCUCUGCUGUUGAAGAAGAGCUGAAGAAAGACAACGUGCCCUUCCUCAGCAGCUAUAAACCCACUCAGACCAGAGCCAGAGCCCAGAGCUCACUGUCAGAUCCACAGCUGGUCUCAGGAGGACUGAUAGAUGUGGCCAAACACCUGGGCAACCUGUCCUUCAGAGUCUGGGAGAAGAUGAAGGAGAAGGUCCACUUCAGUCCUGUCAUUCUGGACCCAAACACAGCAGACCGCUGGCUCUAUCUGUCUGAUGAUCUGACCAGUGUGAGACAUGGAGACACAAAGCAGCAGCUCCCUGACAAUCCAGAGAGAAACACUAAUUAUGCCACUGUUCUGAGCUCUGAGGGCUUCAGCUCAGGGAAACACAGCUGGGAGGUGGAGGUGGGAGACCAUCCUGACUGGAAUGUGGGUUGGGUUAAAGAGUCAGUUGAAAGGAAGGAGGAGAGACUUGCUUCACCAGAACAUGGAGUCUGGUGUUUUUUGCAUCGCAGUGGAAAAUACACCAAUUGUGUUGGUGAGACUGUCACAUUGAAGAAGAGUCUCCAGAGGAUCAAAGUCCAGCUGGACUAUGACAAGGGGGAGGUGUCCUUCUACAAUGCUGAAGACGUGAUUUACAUCUACACUCACAGAGACACUUUCACUGAGAGACUCUUCCCAUUUUUCGAUAUUGGAAUAUCUGGUGAAGCCAAAACGACUUCUAUCAAAAUCUGUCAAAAUGAGAUUUCUCUGUGAUGUUUGUUUUUCUAUUAUGAUCAUUUGAGGUUUAUUACACUCUAAACUCAUCAUCACACAAUUGUUUUUGCCCUAAUUGUCUCCACUGUUUGAAAUUAAUUACAUAAAGCUGUUUUCAUCUUUGUCUGUUGUUUUCAUAGAAACUGACCUAAAAUACGAGACAAAUAAAUCUUGUUUUCACAUGAAAUUCAUUUAGUUACAUUUAUGUUUUCUUUACUUGAGAUUUAUUAAUGAUGGUAAAU